AUGGCAACUCUACCGAUGGACGACACUCUAGCGUUUAGCCUACAAGAUGCGCGCUUUGUGGCGGAUAGGGAAGAAGAGGAGGAUUUUAAUACAAUUCGGACUGACGAAGAUAGCCACGACGACAGCUACAUGCGGAAACUGGGCCAAGUGUGUCGUGGGUGGGACAUCCGAUGUCGUUUUCAUCGCCAUGAGAGAAUUUAUAUGUGGGACAUGGACAAGAAGCAGGUGUAUCGCCUGAUCAGCAAACUGGGCAAGCACCCUGAACAAUGCCGUUCUAUCAAGACAAUCUCAUUCAACUUCGUCGAAAAGUCGGUAGACAUCCUCGGGUCAUUUGCUGUGCGCAUGGUGCAAAAGCUACCCCGAGUCGAGUUGCUCAAACUCAGGCGGUGCGAUUGGGUGGCUGGGCAACUGCACGCGCAAGUCUUCCUCCAUAUCAUUCUCACAUUUGGGUCGGUCACUCAGCUCGAUCUCGUCAAUGUGAUCUUCCCGUCUGCGAUUGUAUUUGGGCGGCUUGUGCGCGCGCUGCCCCGCCUCUCCUCCCUCACAUGCAGGUUUGUGCAGUUCAAGAAGGGCUGCAAUGCUUCUAGCGCUGUGCGAGCGCGGGGACCCCUCCAACUCAAUGCUGCCGAUCUGUAUUUGAGCGAUGAUGUUAUAGACUUUCUCAUCUCAAUCAGCGCGCACAUUCGUCAUCUCACCUGCUAUGAAGAAGAUCUGGAGAAGUUACUUUCUUUGGCCACCGAGUCGCUCUUGUCCCUGAAGGUGAGCGUUAGCGCUCAGUAUAGCGGUGUCCUCGAUGCCUCGUCGAUCAAUCUCAGCCCGGCUGUCAACUUGCGCAUCCUAUCGCUCCAUGGUAGACUUGACUCCGUAGCAAGGGCAGCAAGUUUUCUGUCUCGCGCGUCUUUAUCGAAGCUAGUCGAGAUCACCGUUCUUCUAGCGUUUCAUCUUAAUGAGCCGACAAUUGCCAGCAUCCAGACUGAAUUUGGUGCAGUCAAUAGUGACUACUUGCACAGACAGACCGCAGCCUCUCCGGCAAGCAGUUUCCCGCCCUCCGGAAGGUCACAUUCCACCUUCGUUAUGAUGUCCAGUCUUCCAGUCAGGCGAUGA